AUGAAUUAUAGCUCACCAGCGUAUGGCGGCAGUGUGGCAGCUUCUGCAAGCUCCUCAAAAAUUACGAUGACUAUUAUAAUCGUACUUACGGUUGUAACUAUUGUGUGUCUGGGUAUUCUUGGCAUUGCACUCGGGGUUGGUCUUGGUGUUGGUCUUCGUCAAUCUAGCAGAGCCAUUACGGUGCUUGCAGCACCCACAGUAAGUUGUUCGCCAACAACGGCUACAUGUGGAUGUCCAUCAACACAACCGACUUUCUCAGCACGUCUCAUCGGUGGCCAAACCGCAGCUGCUAAUAGUUGGCCAUGGAUGGUCUAUUUAACGAUUGGUACAUCGAGAAUUUGUAGUGGUUUCCUUAUCACACAACGGCAUGUUCUUACAGCUUCCAGUUGUGUGAAACCCAACGCGAACAACAUCACCGUAAACUAUGGCACUAGCACAUAUCAACCUAGUGUCGUUGGAGUAAAUGUGACCAGCGCAAAUUUCACCGUAGAUUCGUACGAUAGUGUUGCUAUCCUAACUCUAGCAGUCAAUUUAACAUAUACUACAAACAUUCAGCCUUGUUGUCUAACUACCGACCUAACAGAACCAUUUAUACAAGAACAUGGUGUAAUUACAGGUUGGGGUCAAACAGUAGCGAGUACGAAUGUUACUGUAGCACCAAAUCUUCAGCAAGCCGUUGUUCGUAUACAAAAUCCAACUACUUGUGCUAUAUCAGCGAACGACUUUCAAUUCUGUGGAAGUUUCGGUUCAAUCCAAACUUGUCCUGCUGACGUCGGUGCGCCAUUAAUGACAAACUUUGACAAUGUAUGGACAUGUGCUGGUAUCGUUACUGGCAGUGCAACGAACUGUAAUAGUCCUAUUAUAUUCACUCGAACUGCGGCCUAUAGUUCAUUUAUAAAGAACAUAACAGGACUUGUCUUUUAA